AGAAAGAAAGCAAACAUUGCCGAAAAUAGGAAAAACAUUAUUUAAUUGAUGGUUUUCUGCAAUUAAAACCGCGAAAUUUAAGCCACUUGUGGUCAAUUUCUUGUAUCGUUGAAAGUAAUAUUGGUUUUAAACAAUAAUUAAGGAUAUACAAGUGAGGAGAGCGUGUGAAUUGUAUAGUUUCUUGUUCGGCUUAAUUGAGCACUUCCCAUCAAGCCAUGGCUACCGAUGUCAUCAAAGGGUACACACAUCUGCAACAGGAGCUGAACAAGGCUCGUGACAAUCUCAAGGAUUUGAACGAAAACAUCCGGAAGAUAGUCGGGCGUGAUCCAUCGACCACAGAGCAGUACAAUAGUGGAAACAGUUUUGGUGCAUAUUCCCGCAAUGAAGUCCGCAAACGCAAUUCGGCCGGGUUUGAGCCGAACCGGCGGAUGGAUCAGGAGCGCCGCUUCUCCGACGUUGCUCACAAUCCACCGAAACGGCGAGCUGUUGGAGAAACCAAAUCUGUGUUCAGCCGUCUAUCGGGUCCGCCGAAUCGGGACAUGGAAUACGAGAAACCCAGAAUCUAUUCCCGAGUCAUCAAGGAACAACCCACGAGGCAGGAAAUAGUUGCCGCCCAGGGUAGCGAUGAGCAGUCCCGUGCUCGAAAUCGACGCAUCUUCGGUUCUCUACUGGGAACGCUACAGAAAUUUUCACAGGAAGAAUCCCGCCUCAAGUCGAAAGAGGAGAAAAAGGCUCAGAUAGAGAAGAAACUUGAAGAGCAGCAAAAGAUUGAACGCGAAAACCUAAGGAAAGAAAAGCAAUGUCUCUACACUGAUCGCAAGCGGCAACAGUUGGAGAUCCGUGCCCUUGAAACCAAGAUGAACAAAAUGAAGGACCUAGAAGCGUGGGAGGAGACGAAGAAACCAUUGGCAAACUUCAUCAAGACCAAGACGAAGCCACACAUUUACUUCCUUCCGAAAAAGAUGGACUCCAAAAUGGAGAAAAGGUUGAAAGAAUGUCAAGAGGAGCACGCAUUAAUGAUGGAACGAAAGCGUCAAGAAGUAAUGGACAGUAUCGCCGCUGUAGAGGCGCGCCUCAAAGCAGACCUAAAGAAUUUGGAGGAAAACGCUAACCGCGACCGAUCUGCCGGCCAGGAUGGAAAUCUGAACAAUUCAAAAUUGGACCGCAUGGCUGCCACAGAGGAAGAUGAAGACUACCCGGAAGACGACCACGCCAACAGUUCGUACGAACAUGACGAACAUUCAGACGUAGCAGAAGGGCCAGCACUACCUUCGGCUCUGGUUGCACCCAACUUCAAAAUUACGAUUCAUAAUAACGAUGCGAAGCAAGCUGAGAAGUCCGAAUCAUCUCCUAAGUUAUUGCGCUUAGUGGAUGGAACGGUUUCGUCUUCGAUGAACAUCGAUUCCACCUCAGACAGUGCUUCCUACUUGACGCAAGGGGAAAACUUCCAGAUCACGUUCAAAACGGACCGCAAUUCUGAGUGAUCCAAACCGCUGCUUCACACACCGUCAUCCCUUGUUACGUAGAACCGACAAUGCAGAACACGAAGAGUCGAGAUAUGAUGCCAUUGAGAUGCAGUACAAUAUUUAAAACAAAGCGACGCAGGUUCACUAUUGACAGAAGAUGUGUUAUAAGACACAUAGAACAAGUGCUUCACAGUAAAAUAGUGGGAAACAUCUAAAUCAUACCGAUAAGAGUAAGGCAUAGACUGCCUUUCGCGGGUGAGAUUUUUGAGACAGUGACGAGCGAGACGGUUCCUUGCUCGAAUAGUUACACAUAAGUUCGUUUAUACGGAAACAUUUGAACAAAGAUAGAUUUUUGUUUGUGUAUCAAAUCAAUGUACUCGAAUGUAGACAUAGAAACCAGAAAUUUCAAACACUAAUAAUAAUCAUAAAGUUAUCCUAUAACAUCAAAUAAAACGAUAGCGUAUCAA